AUGGGGAUAUGUAUGGUGGGGUGGAUGGGGGGGGGUAGGGGGGUGGAUAGUGGGUGGGAUAAGGGGAAGGGGGGGGGAUGUGUAAGUGGGGGUAUGGGGGAUGUAUUUAAUGGGGGUUUGUUUGGUUUGUGGGAAGUGGGGUGGGGUUUUGAUUGUGGGGGGAGGGGGGGGGUGGGAUUUGUGUUUUGUAAAGGGUUGUGGUUUUGGGAGGGGGAUGUGUGGGGUUGGUAUGGUGGGAUGUGUUGGGUGAUUGAGGGUGGGGGUUAUGGGGGGGGGGGUGGGUUUGUAUGGGUAGUUAGGGGGGGUAUGGUGAUUUUGGUGGUGUAUGGGGGGGGGUGUUGUGUGGAGUAA